CAAAUAUCCAGACCAAGAGAAAUUCAAAGCAUCUAAGUAUUGCAUUUGUGAUGGAUCAUCCCAUAUCACAAGAAUGUGCAUAACAGAGUCGAUCCAUUUUGGAUGUGUUCCAGUGAUCUUGUAUGAGGACUACGAAUUGCCAUUCGGUGACAUCCUUGACUGGACAAAAUUUUCUGUAAUAAUCAAUAAGGAUGAUGCAGAUCGGGUUGAACAGAUCCUUGAGGCCAUAUCGGAUUCAAAACUCAGUGAACUGCAUAACAACAUACUCAAGGUUCAAAGGCACUUCCAUGGAAAUCCAUCUUUUGGAGGACAUUAUAAACCAUAUGAUGUCUUACGCCAAUGGCACUUGCAUGGAAAUUCAGCUUUUAGAGGACAUGAUAAGCCAUAUGAUGUCUUCCAUAUGAUAAUGUAUGAGCUCUGGAUGCGCCACCUCGCACGAUCUUUUUCUGAUUCCUGAACUU